UUGUUGUUGCGGGUGGACGUGCUUGGACGUGCUCGCGCUCUCUCUCCGUUACCGUUACCUCCGCAUUUGCGUAUCCGUGUGUCUGUCCGCGUCCCCGUCCGUGUGUGGGUGUGCAUAGGUGUUAGUGCGAGUGUGUGUGUGGCUUUGGUCGCGUGUCGCCGCCGCUUUCAUGUAAACGAAGAUUGUGCAAAAGCCAAAAAACUUGAUUUGUGCGCCCGGCCAGCAGUAAAUCACUUUAACAAUAUCAAUUCGGUCGUAAAACCGUUUGAAAAAACACGUCUAAACGAAUUUAUCCAUAUAUAACCAAAAAACCAUGCAGCCGAAGUGUUAAUCGAGGAACUACAACAAAGCCGGAGAAAACAACAUGUGAGGCGGCUUAAAAAGUUAGCUCAGCGAGUCGAAAAGAUGGCCGCCAGGAUGUGCAGCAUCGUUUCCAUCCUCAUCAUCUAGAUUUUAGAUGCAGCAGCAGCAGCACUCACAGAUACACACGCACACCAAUGCAGCCGCUGGCAGCCAGACACUCGCACACCAAUACAAGUACCAAUGCCAGCCCCUCUUAAAGGCUGGAUGGAUCCCACGUCAAUUUCAUGUAUGAGUUUUAGCAUUAAAACUACCGAAGCUCACUCGAAGCCCACCAAAAAGCAUUCGGCUGUUGUUGCACGGAGCCUACAGAAAGAGACAGGUGGAGCAGCCGUUGGCGCCCAUCACGGCCACCAUUUGGCGGCCGGGGCGCGCAAGCCCAAGCUAAGGCGCUUCAACUCCCACGACACCAGCUCCAAUAUGUUCUCGGUGGCGGAUUUCGAGAACGCCCGCCUGGCCCGCCGCAAUGAGAUCGAGUUGAACCAGCGGUUGGCGCGACGCCUGCGCGGCAGCACCAACAACAGCACCUACGGCUUGGCGUCCGGAGCGGGGGGCGUCGGCUAUUCCGGAUUCUGUGGCGGGAUCAAUGGCAGCGGCGAUUACUCCACCGGCGACAGCAAGGCCUCCAAGGGCAGCAGUGAAUCGCAGCAGGAAGCUUUGCCCGCCGAUGUGUUUCUGGAGCGGAAUUCCCUGCCUCGUGUCGUCCGCAUCUUGCAUGCGGGCAAGAAUUCCAACGAAACUCUGCAGUCCAGCUCCUCGCACGGCUCCUCCACGGCGGCAUCGAGCAGCUCCUCGACGGGAGCAAAUCCGGUAGUUGGUGGUGGUGGAAACAUUUCUAGUGGCAACAUUGACACCGGCACCCAUUCAUCGUCCAGCGGAGGAAGCGGCACCGGAAACGGAACUGGCUCUGGUCCGGGUCCUGGUCUUGUUUCUGGUUCUGGUUCUGGUCACCAAAUCAACAACAGUCGCCACAGCAGCAAUGGUGGCACCCCACCCGGCCACGAUGAGCUUUUUCUGCUCUACAGGCUGGUGCGACAGCGCAACAUCUACCACGGACACAAUGCCAAGACUCAGGCUUCGCAGCGCAAAAAGACUGUGCUCAUUCCACAGGAGUUUCCGGGUUACUUUUCGCUGGUCAGCGAGAAGGGUCUUCCCACGGCCACGCAGUACGGAUCCCUGAUACAGCUGGUUCGCGAACGGGUCUACAAGUUUGCCUCGGUGGACAACAUGCCGGCCUUUACUGAAUCCUCGCCCAACAGCACAAGUAGUCCGACGCACGAGGGCUGUCUGCCCAUAAUGAAGGGACGACCGCAGUACGUGAAAACGACCGCCAGGGGAGGACAGGUGUUCCGUCUUUUGGCCGUUUUCGAGGAUGGCAAGCAGGAGCAGACGAAUAUGUCGCAGCAUGGCAACGGAAAUGCGUCCAAGUCGCAUGCCAGUGGUUACAUGGGCAGGGAGAAGGAGAAGAACCGGUACGCCCAACUGCUGAACGAGAACCGGCAGGUGAUGUACGUCCCACUGUCCACCAAGGGCAAGUUCUACGAGAUUGAGCCGGGUAUACCUCAGCUACUCCAGAAACUGGGCGAUGCCCAGCGCAAGCUGAAUCCAGAGUGCGUGCAUCGUUUGGGUGCUUUGGUGACGGCGGCCAAGCAGUUGCCGCUGACACUGCGCUAUAUCUCAGGUCCCGGUGGACCCGACAUCCCCGAGCAGCUGUGCAUUAGUCAGGUGACCAAGGAGGAUGUGGUCGUGGGCUGUUCCAUCGAGGACGUGGACACCCAGACGCCCCUGCAGCUGCGGAAGUUCUAUCCCAGUCGGGAUAUGCAGCUGGUAAAAAGUUAUCUGGGCUUUGACUCUGAACAGCGGAUGCUGGCCAACACGAAUGUCCAGAAUAUGCUCAAGUUUUGCCAAUUCAACUGCGAUCCGUUCCUGAAGUUGGUGGAGAUUGAGCUGAUUCAGCGCUCGGAACGUUCGGGAAGCAAGAAUCGUGAGGGUCUACGCAUCCUGAAGCCAUUGCAUUUUCCAAAGAUCCUGCGACGAGAGAAAAGCACCAUGGCAGCAGCGCACGAGAAAGAGGAUUCGAUUAUCUUCCUGAGCAAAUCCGAUUUGGAGAAUCUGGAGGCCAAGGAGGCGGCGGCGGCUGCAGCUCAGUCGGAAUCCAGUUUGAAUCGCAUCUCUGAGCGCAUGCGUGUGUUCCAGUCCACCAAGAAGAAGUGGUUCGGCAAGCAUAAUCCUCAGCAGCAGCAGCAGCAACAGCCGCAGGUGGAGAAGCAGCACUCUGACUUGGAUCUCGAUGAGCAGGCCAAGCGAAUGAGCAUGGAGCGCUACACGGAUAUGUCGAAGCUUUUGCAGGAGCGUUUCGGCUCGGAUCCCGAGCAGCCCGAACAGGAUGGCAUCUCGCUUAAUAGCACCGCUGCCUCGGACACCGAGACCACGAUGCUGACCACUAUGGAGCCCAAGUCCUUAGACACAAUGCUGCAGAAAUCGAUGUCCCUGCAGGAUAUUGAACUGCUGAAUGGCCAGUGCAAGCCGCGUCCCGAUCUGCUGGCCAGCCACAAUCACACAGAUGCAAUCAGCGAGGCGGGCACCGAGCUGGAGGAUGUGGAGAACCAGACACCGCCGCCACAGUCCUUCAUCACGGAGAAGCUGUACAAUGAGUUCCAUGUGAAGACCAGGCAGUACAGCAAGUCAUCGUCGAGUUUGCAUCAGUUGCGUCACUUUUCGUUGCCGCAAAAGUUGCAGCUGCACGAGGCGGAGAAGGAGAAGCGUCAUCUGAUGAUGCUGAAGGCGCAGCAACAAUCGAUGGCCAAGGAACCGAUCACCGGACGAAGGGCAGCCGGUGGUGUUUGUCUGUUGGGAGGAGGACUCAACCAUCUGGCGAUUUCACCCGCCUCGCUGGUGGAGGACGAUCUUCCGUACUCCAGUGUGCGCGAUUCGCUGGUAAUUUCCGGUGAAGGCUGCCUGCGAUCGGAGGCCGCCAACAGAGCAGUUCCGGCCGUGGACUACACAAAGGAGAAUAUCUACGCGGAGAUCUGUCCCUCGCACACCAUGGAUACCUUUUCGGGCGCCACUCAGUUAACCCAUAUGCCGGACGAUGAUGGAGACUAUGCGUCGCUCAAGUAUUCGGUCAAUGGACCACAGUCCGUUAGUCGCAUCGAGGUGAACGGAGCUGCGACGGCGGUGAAGAGCAGCGCCAUCAGUUACCACACCGUGUACCUGGGAGAGGAACCGCUGGGCGAGAGACAUGCUGCCCACAUCACGACCGUGGAGUUGGCCGGGGAGGAUAACAUUUACAAUACGCUCAAAUGAUGACUCAUGUGAUUCCGGCGAC